UUUGCUGCGGAAUAUGAGACUUCAAGAUGGCUGCGCCCUUAAAUGACGAGAUCCAAUCUGUUUCCUACUAUAAUAUUCGACAUGUAUCAUUGCAUGGCUAUGUUGCGCCCUUUAUUUUCAUUUAUAUAGCUUGGUUUUAUACGUGGGCUAAUGUCUAUGGAAUUCAGGAUUACUACGAGGGCGGUUUGAUAGCUUUGGCAAUUAUCGGCUUGGUGCAGAUUCUGACGGCGUUGUUUUGUUUGUGGUCGAUUCAUGUGAGAUGUGCACUCACAUGUUCUAAAGAAACCAGUCCGUUCAAGGCGUCCUGGGUGAAGGUUGUGCCAACACCAAACAAUGGAUCUACAGAACUUAUUCGACUGCAUCACCAAAAGAAGGAGAAAGGGGAGGAGAUAUGGUUCAACUUCCAGAAGACCAAGUACCUGUAUGAUGCGGACGAGCGGAAACAGUUCUACACGUUGUCCUUCCCCGACAACCACAGCAUCAAGUACUACAUGGAGUGGAAGGGCUACCAGGAUGAGGUGGAGAUGAAGGCGGCAGAGUCCAAGUUCGGACUCAACAACAUGACCAUGGACAUCCCCGCGUUCAUGGAGCUGUUCAGUGAGAGGGCCACCGCACCAUUCUUCGUGUUCCAAGUGUUCUGCGUGGGUCUGUGGUGCCUGGACGAGUACUGGUACUACAGUGUGUUUACACUGUUCAUGUUGAUAGCGUUCGAGGCCACGCUCGUACAACAGCAGCUUCGCAACAUGUCGGAGAUCAGGAAGAUGGGGAAUAAACCCUAUGUGAUGCAGGCCUAUCGGAACCGGAAGUGGCUGCGAAUUUUAUCUGAUGAAAUAGUCCCAGGGGACAUAAUCUCAAUAGGGCGAUCUCAGGACGACCGCCUCGUACCAUGUGACAUGCUGCUACUGAGGGGCCCCUGUAUAGUAGAUGAGUCCAUGCUGACAGGGGAGUCGGUGCCCGUCAUGAAGGAGCCGGUGGAGUGCCUGGAUCUGGAUCACAUGUUCGACCUGGAGCAUGACGGCAAGCUGCACGUGCUGUAUGGUGGUACAAAGGUAGUGCAGCACUCGCCCCCCAGCAAGACCGGACCGGGACUCAAAUCCAGUGACAAUGGGUGUAUAGCAUUCGUAUUGCGGCACAGUUUCAACACGUCUCAGGGCAAGCUGCUGCGCACCAUCUUGUACGGUGUGAAGAGAGUGACGGCCAACAACCUCGAGACGUUCUGCUUCAUCCUCUUUCUCCUCAUCUUCGCCGUCACUGCGGCCAGCUAUGUCUGGAUAGAAGGCACCAAGAAUCCUGACCGAAACCGCUACAAGCUGUUCUUGGAGUGUACUCUCAUCCUGACUUCAGUGGUGCCACCGGAGCUGCCCAUAGAACUGUCUCUGGCUGUCAACACAUCGCUACUGGCUCUCACCAAGCUGUAUGUGUACUGCACCGAGCCCUUCCGUAUACCCUUUGCUGGUAAAGUAGACAUCUGCUGUUUUGACAAGACAGGCACGCUCACAAGUGACAACCUGGUGGUGGAGGGUGUUGCUGGUCUCAAUGGGUCCGAGAUCAUCUCAGCACAAGAUGCCCCACUGGAGACGGCACAGGUGAUGGCAACGUGUCACUCUUUGGUUCAGCUGGAUGAUGAGAUGGUAGGCGACCCGCUGGAGAAAGCCACUCUCAAUGCCGUGGAGUGGACACUCACUAAAGGUGAGGCUGUGGUUCCGCAGAAGAAGAAGACACAUGGCAUGAAGAUCUUCCACAGAUUCCACUUCUCCAGUGCCCUGAAGAGAAUGUCCGUGAUUGCUGGUCACACAAUGCCUGGCUCCAUGGAAACAGACUACAUGGCCACAGUAAAGGGAGCACCAGAGACACUUAAACCCAUGUUCAAGAACCCGCCAGCGGACUAUGAUGACGUGUACCUGACCAUGGCCAGGAGAGGUGCUAGAGUGCUGGCCCUUGGAUACAAACGCAUGGGAAGCCUUUCACAUCAAGAGGUGCGGGAGAUGACGCGGGAGGAGGCGGAGUGUCAGCUGGAGUUUGCAGGCUUCAUCAUCAUCUCUUGUCCCCUCAAGGCCGACUCCAAGGCCUCUGUCAAGGAAAUCUACAACGCCUCCCAUGUGGUUGCCAUGAUUACUGGAGACAACCCACUGACAGCCUGCCAUGUUGCCAAGGAGCUGAGAAUCACCCGGCGAGAGACUGUCAUCCUGCAAGGGCCAAAUGAUAAAGCCCGAGGCUGGCACUGGCAGUCAAUCGAUGAUCGUGUUGUCAUCCCAGCCAUACCAAUGGACAUGAAGAAAGAGCUUCUAGCUGCAUACGACCUGUGUCUCACGGGAGAGGCCCUCACUUGGCUGCAGACAGAACACUACAAGCUCCUGAGAAUCGUGCUGCCAAAUACUAAAGUCUUUGCCAGGGUAGCCCCAAAACAAAAGGAGUUCAUAGUUACAGCCCUGAAGGGCAUGGGCUACACCAUUCUCAUGUGUGGAGAUGGAACUAAUGAUGUUGGGGCUCUCAAACACGCUCAUGUUGGUGUUGCACUACUGGCCAACGCUCCAGAGAGGCUGCCCGACAAGAAGAGGAGAAGAGAUGAGAACAGCAGCAGUGUAGAUGGCGAGACCCCCAAUGACAAGCUGCAGAUGAUGAGUCAGCGCGGUGGGGGCAAGGUGUCAGGACGGGCUGCCAAGCAGAGAGCCAUUGCAAGGGGAGAUAACCUCGCUCCUGCACAGAAAAAGCUUGCUGCCAUGUUGAAAGAACUUGAAGAAGAGGAAAAAUCACAGAUUGUUAGACUUGGAGAUGCCAGCAUAGCAUCCCCUUUCACAUCCAAACUAUCCACAGUGGCUAGUGUGUGUCACAUCAUCAAACAAGGGCGAUGUACUCUUGUGACAACCCUGCAGAUGUUUAAGAUCCUGGCCCUGAAUGCCCUGAUCCUGGCUUACAGCCAGAGCGUGCUGUACCUGGACGGCAUCAAGUUCAGUGACGGCCAGGCCACCAUGCAGGGUCUGCUGCUGGCUGGCUGCUUCCUGUUCAUCUCUCGGUCCAAGCCACUGAAGACACUGUCGAAGGAGCGUCCACUGCCAAACAUCUUCAACCUGUACACAAUACUUACAGUGCUGUCUCAGUUUGCUGUACAUUUUAGUAGUUUAGUCUAUUUAGUCGGGGAGGCGCAUCGACACGAUGCAGCAAGAAAAGAAGAGUUUCCAGAUUUAGAAGCAGAGUUCAAGCCAACCAUCUUAAACACAACUGUAUAUAUCAUGUCCAUGGCUUUACAAGUCUCAACAUUUGCUGUCAACUAUAGGGGAGAACCAUUUAUGGAGAGUUUAAAGGACAAUAAACCCCUCCUGUACAGUUUGAUGUUCUCGGGCGGCGCCAUCUUUGCACUGGCAAGUGGACUGCUUCCUGACCUUGCAGACCAGUUUCAACUGGUGGCCUUGCCAGAUGAGUUUCGCAACACAGUUCUUGGUGUCAUAUCGGCCGACAUUGUUUUAGCAUUUGUAGUCGACAGAGUUAUACGAUUUUGCCUAGGAACGGGGAAGUUAAAAUCUACAUAUUAAUUUAUUUUUAUAUAACAUUGCCUUUCACAUGCUUUUAUUAACAUGGCUGUGUCUCAAAUACAGGAUUUCCCCCUAGCCCCUUGAGGUACUGUUUCUCAGUCACACAUCAUUCCUACAUUGACUUUCAUCCUAUGGUUUACAAUGGGGCCAGUUGGUGUUGGAGGUGCACCCGCUCUUCAGAUGCUAAUGUGCUGUCAUGUGGCGUCUCCAUGUGUGUCUGGUGCACUGCACUAAGGAACAUCACAUGAAGCAGUAUACAUUAACUCAAUCAUGCCUCUCUUAUAGAAUAUUAUCCUUAGACUGAGCUGCUUUUGUUGUGCUAUGAAAUCCUGAAUAAGUAUUAUCUGAUACCAGUAUAUUUGAUAAUUCUGUGACGUAACAUGGAUCCCAUGUCAGCUGGAUGACAUCCCAUGUUUGCAAGGUGAUGUCCCAUGUUUGCAAGGUGAUGUCCCAUGUUUGCAAGGUGAUGUCCCAUGUUGCAAGGUGAUGUCCCAUGUUUGAUUGGAUGAAAUCCCAUGUUUGCAAGGUGGUGUCCCAUGUUUGAUUGGAUGACAUCCCAUGUUUGCAAGCUGACAUCCCAUGUUUGCAAGGUGAUGUCCCAUGUUUGCUAGGUGAUGUCCCAUGUUUGCAAGGUGGUGUCCCAUGUUUGAUUGGAUGACAUCCCAUGUUUGCAAGCUGACGUCCCAUGUUUGCAAGCUGACAUCCCAUGUUUGAUUGGAUGACAUCCCAUGUUUGCAAGGUGAUGUCCCAUGUUUGAUUGGAUGACAUCCCAUGUUUGCAAGCUGACGUCCCAUGUUUGCAAGGUGGUGUCCCAUGUUUGAUUGGAUGACAUCCCAUGUUUGCAAGCUGACGUCCCAUGUUUGCAAGCUGACAUCCCAUGUUUGAUUGGAUGACAUCCCAUGUUUGCAAGGUGAUGUCCCAUGUUUGAUUGGAUGACAUCCCAUGUUUGCAAGCUGACGUCCCAUGUUUGCAAGGUGAUGUCCCAUGUUUGAUUGGAUGACAUCCCAUGUUUGCAAGGUAAUUUCCCAUGUUUGCAAGGUGAUGUCCCAGGUUUGACUGGAUGACAUGUCUGCUAGGUGAUGUCCCAUAUUUGAUUGGAUGGCAAUCUGUUGAGAUCUACUACAUGUACAUGUAUAUGCACAUUCAAUUUCAAAUGCAAAAAUCUGUUUGGAAAUUUUUUGUUUGUUUGUAUGACAUAUAGCAAAAUUUGCAGCAGAUUAAACAUCAAUCAACACCUAUGCAUUUCAUAUUUCAUGUGUUAUUUGUAGUUGAGUAGGUGUGGGAAUUAAGAAUCAGUGUCCCUAUUACUGUGGUAUUGUUUGUUAACAAAGCAAAUGUACUGUUCCUGUUAGCCUCAACGGAGAUAUGGGCUUAGUGCUAUCCAAGGGGAGAUAACUUAAUAGGUACCCUGACAGUGGGGAGGAAGCCUGUAUUCGAGACAAAGCUUUCUCCAGUCACCUCAGUGAGAGCCAGAGUUUUGUAACACUAUUUUUGAUUGGGCGGAGAUGUGGAUCUCAAGCAGACCAAUUGAUAGUAUAAGUAACCAUGUGAUUAUGUCAUAAUUGUGAUUGGAUGACAGGCUUGUAUAUUAUAGACCCAGGGACAAAUUCUGACUAUGAAGCAACUGUUUGAUGUCUAUAAUGAGACUUUUGAUGAGGAGCAGGCAACUGUUGAUAGAUGUGAUGCUCUAAUUGUGUAUUCCUGUACCAAUAUGGAAUCACUCUUGAUUUGGCUUUGUUAUUCAUGGAGCUUGAUCUACCAUGUCUCUUAUGUUGAGUUGUUUCCCUUAGACAUGCCAGAAUCCUGUGAUUGAGGGUUGAAAUUCGCACAUCUGCCUGAUUAUGAUUCUUGGUAUCACCAUACACGUCACUGUAUUGGAAAUAUCUUAAGACCUGCAUCAUUUUGAGCUUUCUUAUACAAUAACCUGACGUGCCGUGAUGUAACUGAAAUACUGAUCAAAGUGGGGUCAAAUCAAAUUCACUCACUCUCGAUUACUGUAUCUGUACUAUUCACACAAGGGGUUUCCCAGAAAUGUGGAAGUAGUGGGUCACUGUCUACAUCACUUUCAAGUGAAAGUGUGCUGUUUGCACGUUAUGAACAUCAGUUUUGUUGUCAUGUGCCCAUUAUCUCACUGACAAAGCAUAUGUCGCAUAAACAUUACAUUAAUACAUUAUGCCCUGAUUAGUUCAACUCUGUUCUAAUGUGAUAACAUGUUUGAAUUUGUCUCGUGGGUGACAGUUGAGUGAGUGUAUUGUGUCGUUCCUCGUGUUCACACGUGCGUCCUAUUGAUGUCCACAUGGAGAUAAGGCCCUGCUAGAUGUUAGCAAGAAAUAAGGCUGCAUUGACGCAGAAGUCACAGUAAGAAACGCAUCUUGUUAUAUGACCAGUGGGGACAUUAGCAUUGUCAAAAUAAAUAUUGCCUUGAAUACUCUGACAGUUUAUCCAGUAAAACUGCAUUUCAGGAAAAGAAGUUUUCUUAUCAAAAUAUAUAUAAGCAUUGGAAAAAAGUUCAGAACCAUGUGUCGUAUCAAUAUCUACAUAUGACACAUAUCUCAUUUUUGUAAAGUACCUGUUGAAAAAUUGGUACGAGAGCAGUAAGAUUGUCACUUUGUAAACACGCACAAAUGUGUUUCAUUAUAAUGUUAAUACAGGAAACAAUUUUUUAAAUAGCUACUUUAUGUGCAAGUACGUUGUGACCCAUGUUUAACCUGUUCCCAUGUUUAAGCAUUUUAACCAGUGACUAAAUAUGAGCAACUACACAUGUCUAGGACGUGUUGGGGAAGUUGUUAACGCCAUAGCUAUUUGCAAAACCGACUUUUGUAAUACAUAGUACAUGGUCACAUUGAUGAGUUCUGCAUGAUGAGGUAACAAGCAUCGAGUAUUGUCGUCCCAGGGUCAAGUCUCAGGAUGUGCAGAUGAAUCAUUGACCCAUGUAUAGUGUACUGUGUAUAUGUUUAAGGGAUGACCGAGGGUUGUGUUGGGUGCCUUUGUUCUGGUAUUGUCAGUUGGAUAACUUGACCUGAAUAAACCACUGAACUGGA